AAAGAUGGUGACGGACGGACGGCUGGCGGAACGGUUUUAACGUUUCGAUGUCUAAAUUGGCAGUGAACACUGGUCCGUGGUCGCGGUCAAUAUGUGAGUGAGGGGAAUUGAUGAGCUUGCAGCCGGGUAGGAUUAAACGCGCGUCGUUUCGGAGAACGGGACGGGGACUCGGUGAUAAAGACCGAAGAUGCUUAUGAAGAGACCGUCGACCGGUAGUUAAUUAAUCUGAAUGACAUGAAAGAAUGAAACGAGAAACUGUCAUUACCUGUGUAGAAACGAACCGAAGAGCAAAAACGAUGACAACAGUACUGGAUGGCAGCUACCAGCGAAUGGAGCCAUACGAGGGCGAGGAGGAGGACGGAGAAGACGACGACGAUCAUGAGGAAACACCACAAGAGUCGGGUGUUAUGAUACACGUGGUGCCGGAAGGGAACAAGGCCAGAUGGAAUCACAUAGAGGAUCUCGACUCGUUUUUUACGAGGAUGUACCAUUACCACCAGAAGCAUGGGUUCGCUUGUAUGAUGCUGCAAGAAGUGCUGGAGCUAUUUCAAUUCAUUUUCGUAGUUACCUUUUCCACUUAUCUCUUUCAUUGCAUCGAUUACUCCGUAUUGUUUAAAGACAAAGUAACGAACAGCACCUCGCACAAAACGUCUAUAAACGACGCUAUAUUGCCGACCAGUAAGUGCACGGCGUCCAUGGGUCUGGUAACAUGGAUAUGUAUAUCGGUGGCCGCGAUCUUUUGGAUUCUACGAGCGGUAAAAGUUUUAUACCAUCUCACACAGUUCUGGGAUAUAAAGUCGUUCUUUAACACCGCUCUAAAAAUCGAAGACUGCGAUUUGGAUAAUCUGACCUGGCACGAGGUGCAGAAGCGAGUCAGAGAGGUGCAGAAGGAGCAAGAGAUGUGCAUUCACAAAAGAGAGCUCACGGAGUUAGAUAUAUACCACAGAAUAUUGAGAUUCAAAAAUUACAUGGUGGCGAUGAUCAACAAGUCCCUGCUGCCUGUACGAAUCCGGGUCCCUGUCGUGGGUGAGGUAAUCUUCAUGACCAGAGGACUGAAGUACAACAUGGAAUUGCUUCUGUUCUGGGGUCCAUGGUCUCCUUUCGAAAACAAUUGGCAUCUCAAGGAGGACUACAAGAAAUUGAACAAGAGGCAAGAGCUCGCCAGAGCGUUGUCCAAGCAUAUCCUAUGGGUUGGAAUAGCGAACUUCAUGCUUUGUCCCUUGAUUCUACUAUGGCAGAUACUCUAUUCGUUUUUCAACUACGGAGAGAUAAUCAAACGGGAGCCAGGCACCCUAGGAACAAGAAUGUGGUCUCUGUACGGUCGACUGUACCUCCGUCACUUCAACGAACUCGAUCACGAAUUGAACGCGCGUCUGAAUCGUGCAUACCGUCCAGCCUCAAAGUACAUGAGCAUAUUCACGUCCCCUAUUAUGACUGUACUCGCGAAGAACAUCGCUUUCGUUGCCGGUAGUAUACUGGCGGUUUUAUUGAUAUUGACCGUGUACGACGAGGAUGUUCUUACGGUGGAGCAUGUGUUGACUACCAUGACCAUAUUGGGCGCGUUGGUGGCCGGAGCCAGGGCGUUUAUACCCGACGAAAACCUGGUCUGGUGUCCGGAAACACUUCUGACAGCUGUCCUAGCGCAUACGCACUACAGGCCGGAUAGCUGGCGCGGUCACGCUCACACACAAACCACCAGAGCCCAAGUGGCCCAGUUGUUCCAAUACCGGGCGAUCCAUCUGUUAGAGGAGCUAACCUCCCCCCUGCUGACCCCCUUCAUUCUGUGCUUCCACAUGAGGCAACGAGCCUUGGACAUCGUUGACUUCUACCGUAAUUUUACAAUCGAGGUGACGGGAGUGGGGGACGUGUGUAGCUUCGCGCAGAUGGACGUACGCAAGCACGGGAAUCCGAUGUGGCAGACGGUGACCCAGAGCCCGAUCAUGGAGGAACGACCCACGGGAUACGACAAUCGUUAUACCACGGACCCAGGAACGUUGCCGGUACCCACGUCCAAUCAGUACACCCCGGCAGAGGACGGGAAGACGGAAUUGUCGCUGAUACACUUCACUCUGACCAAUCCCGAGUGGAAACCGCCCAGUCACGCCGAGAACUUUGUGACCGCUCUACGAGAAAGGGCGAAGAAAGAAGUACAUGGCAUGACGGGAGAUAUCAAUCCUUUGUUGACCAGUCUGAACAGCUUAUCCGGCCUUGGACCGGGGUACAACGAUAUAGUGUCCAACAUAAUCAGAAGCACAAUGGUGAAUCACCUGAGCGUGCCCAGCGCAAGUAACGUGUUCGUGAACCAACCUUGCACCUCGACCGGUGCCUCGGUUAUGGCGGAUCAGUCGUUGAGCAUGAAAUCAGACCUUCUGUCGCACGCUGUCAGACGUGGCCUGAGCAAAGCUGAGGGUCCAAUACAUAACGAGAAGGGGUUCCUUUACGGAUUGCAACAAGGAAUGUCGAAUCAGUCUCUGGGAGCUUCUGUGUUCGGCUCGGGUCACGAAUUGUCCACGGAGUUAUCUGUGCCAGUGGAGCUAACUGCUGUCGAUAUGUCUCUGUCUACAUUGUACCUGCACGAACUUCAUCACAGACAAAUUCAGCGAAGAGGCUAUCAAGAAAUGGCCACCAGGAGUAUAUGGCAGCGAAGCCCUGUCCAGGAGUUGGCCUCUCUUCCCGAGGUCAGGCAAGAGAGAGCACCGUUGCUGCUGCAUCAGGAUUCCUCGAUACGGAACAACCGUGAAACGAACUACAACUUGAAUCCCCAUUUGGACAGUAUCUGAGCAACUGUGCGUGUGCAGUGAUAUCAUCUUUACUGAGAAUAAACUGUUUUUAUUCGUUUUACGAAUGCGACCGACGUUUAUUUUGUAUCAAAGCGUAUACAUAGCUUCUCUGUUUUUAUCAUCGGUGUGUAAAUACGCGUGUUACCGUUGCCUGUGGAAAGCUGAACGCGAUUUUUUUCUUUUCGAGGACCGCCAGCUGCGACCUCAAGGGCCUAAAUUACGGAACGAACACGAAUAAGCCGUUCCCCUUCGAAAUGUUUUGCUGUUCACGCGACGCUGCGCAACGCCAUCGAGGAUUCUCUAAAUCUGUGUUUAGGGAGGCGAAACUAAUCGAGACAUUGUUGCGUUCGAUCGCACGGAACACGAAUCUUUUUAUGCGGUAACAUCGACUAUCUGCUUCCGACGCCCACGAUUCUCUCUAGUCAUAUAAAAUUUAUCGGGCGCGCCAUAGAAUGAAUGUUUAUUUAUUUUGUCAAACGUUGUUUCGUUCGUGCAAUAUCGGGGCACGCGAACGCAUCGCACUGUACAUACACAAACGCGUAUUCUCCUUACUAUUAACACGGUCAUGGCGCAGCUAACUGCUACAAAGGCAAGCUUUGUCCUUGUUAAAAAAAAAAAAAAAACUUGCGGGUUGGCACAGGGACAAUUUAGCUCAUGUUUUAUGUUACUUUUAUUUUUUGUUAUGCGUACUAACUCGCGUGAUCGCUGGCCUUUAUACCGGCGUUGGAAAAAAAAACUACUACGGCUCAUACUUUUACAAUGUUUCCAACAAAGUAACGCGUAACAAAAAUCACUACAAAUUUAGUUCUAACUAGACAGAUCUAUCGAUUCUACGAAGGAAGCUAUUGUUAUGAAUAAUAAUAAUAUAAGGUUUAUCUGUAAUUUAUCAU